AUGGUCGACACAUCCCACUCCUCCUCCGUCCGCGGCACCCUCUCGAACCCAAAGACAAAAGAAGCCAUGAACUCCGAUAAACCCACUCCCCGUCUAGGCGACCACGUUAGUCUGAAACCUGAAAACGACGAUAGCAAGACUUUCCCUUCAAACGACGCUCCCUCCUCUUCUCCCUCCUCUUCUUCCACCUCCACCUCCUCAUCCCCGCCAUCCUCAGAAACCUCCUCCAUCGGCGCACCCACGCCCUCAGCCCCCUACGUCAAAUCCGGUACAUCAGCCGGCGGCGCCGACAAGAAGGCCAUUGGCAACGGCGGGAGUGCAGGUAGCAAGAAAGAGGAAGGAAAGGAGGAUCUGCCGCACAGCAAGAAAGUACGAGGGACGCUUGCGAACGACGAUGGAAACAAGGUGAACAAGACGCAACUUGGUGAUCCGGCGAGUUUGAAGGCGGAGACGAGUGAUACGAAGGAUAUGGGGAGGCAGACGGAGAGGGAGGGAGGGGAUAAGGGGGGGAAGAGUAAAUUGUAG